AUGGGAAAUGCUCAGUCUCAAGAAGGUGACUCGGCUAUGUCACGUAACGCCCAAAGUGUAAACAAACCAGCCACACCAGAAAAGCCCGAGUCAGUCCCUCACAGAACCCAAAGCAUGAUUAGUAUUGCUCCAGAUGAUCUCAAUCAGGACGCCGACCUUAUGGAUGACAAUUCUAGUACCGCCGGUGCAACCGAUGGCGCUCAAAGUGCCACGGCCGCUGCCGGACGAAACAAGCGCCGCUCUCACUCUUCUACUAAAAGAGAACCAUAUAAUGGUCCUUACGUCCCUGCUGUUCUUCGUUGGAGAGGCGGAGGUGAAAUCAUCUAUGUUACGGGAUCUUUUUCAAAAUGGAAAAAGAAGAUCCAAUUGCUUAAAACCGAGGAUUAUACGCUAGUAUUACAGCUACGCCCCGGAACCCAACGAUUUAAAUUCCUCGUAGAUGGUAUCUGGUGCUGCUCUUCAGAUUUUCCCACCGCCACAGAUGCUGAAGGAAACCUAUACAAUUAUCUUGAGGUUGAAGCCAACGAAGGUGCCGAGACUGGCCUUGAUCAGAGACUGAGCCAAGUGCAAACUAACUUUCCUCCAAGUGAAGAGCCAGAUUCCGAGAAAUACGUUUCUGAGAUACCAUCUUUUCUUUCGAGUAAUUCUCUAACCGAAAUGAAACUCCCUAAGCCUCCUUCGUUACCUCCUCAUCUGGAGAAAUGCAUUUUAAACUCUAAUACUGCUUACAAAGAAGACCAAUCUGUUCUUCCAAAUCCGAAUCAUGUCGUUUUAAAUCACUUAGCUGCUGCUAAUACCCAAGUGGGUGUUUUGGCUUUGAGUGCAACUACGCGCUAUCAUCGGAAGUACGUUACUACCGCCAUGUUUAAGAAUUUUGAUGUGUAA